CCUUCCUCCAUCUCUUCCUCUUCCCGUCGACUCUUCUAUUUUCUUUUCCUUUCCCUUCCUACAGUUCCGUUCAAAUCUAAUACCCCCCACGUAUGGUGCAUUAAACCGUUGUUUUGUUCCCCCCCCCGUCCACGAUGCCUGCGCGCACCCGUCAAGGUCCCUCCGUCGCCACAGAGGUCGUGGAGUCGGAAGACCCCUCGCCAGGUCUUCGCUGUCUGAAAUUCAAUGAACCGCUUUCCUGGCGGGUUGGACGCUCCGCCAUUCCCAUUGCGGAUCUGUUGCUGCGUCUGCAGACCCUGGCACAGGAACUGCGCAAGUUCGAACAGGAGGAGGUUGAGAAAGAUUCCCUCCGCAAGGUCUCCCAGGAACUUGCUACCGCUCAUUUACUCGGCCAUAAGGAUAAAGGCGUUCGGGCUUGGACCACAUGUUGUAUUGUUGAUGUCUUGCGCCUGUGUGCGCCCGACGCGCCUUUUACCGCGAAUCAACUCAAGGACAUCUUUACCUGUAUCGUCACCUCGAUUAUCCCCGCAUUGGGAGACCCGUCCAAUCCCUACAACGCUCAGCAUAUCUACGUCCUAAACUCGCUGGCGGAGGUCAAGAGUGUCGUCCUCUUGACCGACUUAGAUCACCCAGACAUCUUGAUCGUCCCCCUCUUUACAAGCUGCUUUGAUAUCGUGGCUGGUUCCGCAAAAGCCUCGACCGGGGAGCCAGUCGCCAAGAAUGUCGAAUAUGAUAUGACCCGUCUGCUGGUGACGGUGAUUGAUGAAUCGCCCGUCCUCGCCCCUGAAGUGGUCGAUGUCAUCGUGGCCCAGUUUUUACGCAUUGACCCUCGCGUCCUCCUCGAAACCCCCCGGAAGAAAGGGAAACGACCCGAUGCGCCGCUGGACGACAAACAGGAUACCCUUCUUCUGAAAGACUAUCCGGCGGCUUACAAUAUGGCGAAAGCCAUUUGCCAAGCUUGCCCGGAGCGCAUGACGAGCCACAUCAGUCAAUAUUUUAACAAUGUCAUUAUUGAUGCCUCCGCCGCCGGCACCGAGACGAACGGCCCCAAGAAUUCAAACGCACGCAAGCCGCCGCUCAAUCUCGAUGACUCCGACGGGGAAGGAGAAGAUAUCAAGGAAUUGACCAAAGCACAUCGCCUGAUUCGAGAGCUCUGGAGGGCAUGCCCCGACGUACUGCAGAAUGUCGUCCCCCAAUUGGAAGCCGAGCUGUCUGCCGAAUCGAUGGCCUUGCGCUUGCUCGCCACCCAGACCAUCGGUGACCUUACAUCUGGGACCGGGGUGGCUGGACCACCCCCGCCGCCUCCCAUGGACCCGGCUGCCUAUCCGCAAGUGACCUUGGCAGAAUAUGCCCAGUCGAUUCCACAACCGAACGUGCUCCUCAUGCCCUUUGCCCCCAAACCGUUCGCCCAAACCCACAGUUCCGCGUAUGAAAGCUUUUUAAGCCGCCGCCUGGAUAAAUCAGCCUCGGUCCGAGCAGCAUGGGCCACUGCGGUUGGGAGAAUCAUCCUCACGUCGGCCGGUGGGUCGGGCUUCAGCGAGAGUGAGGAGCAGACCCUGAUCCAGCACCUUGCCUCCAUGCUCAGGGAUGCGGAUGACAAGGUCCGUGUGGCCGCGGUGGAUGCGGUUGGCACCUUCGGUCUGUCUCACAUCGUGAACAAGCUCGGAGUGAGCGGGGGCUUCGCCACGCCGGACUCACUCCUGGCCAUUCUGGCUGAGAGAGUCAAGGAUCGAAAGCCCCAGGUGCGCGAGCACGCAAUGAAGACUCUGGCUCGGGUGUGGGCCGUGGCUUCCGGGGAGAUUGAGACGGACAAUGCAUUAGUGGCCACCCUGCUCAAGGACGGGCCUUCCAAGAUAUUUGACGCCUUUUACACUAAUGACCUAGAUAUCCACGUCUGUAUCGAUCGGGUGCUCUUUGAGAUCCUGCUUCCGCUCCACUAUCCCCCGACUAAACCCAAGCUAUCCCGAGCCGGUUCCAGUCAGUCCCAGAAGUUGAAAGAGUCGCAAGCCUCUGAACCAGAAAAUGACACGGAUGUGGACAAAGUUCGUGUUCGUCGCAUUCUCACCCUGCUCCGCGGCCUGGACGAGAAGGCGAAAAAGGUCUUCUUUGCAAUGCAGGCGCGCCAGAUCUCGAUGAGGACCGCCGUUACGAUCUAUCUACAGGCCUGCGAGGACUACAAUGGCGGCGUGAUGAACCACAACAAAGAUCAAAUCAAGGCGCAACUCACCAAAGUCAUUGAUACCCUGUCCAAGACCUUCCCUGAUCCGUCGCGGACCUCGGCAGAUUUGUGGAAAUUCGCCAAAACCCAUGAUCGACGAAGCUACCAGCUUAUCCGUUUUGCCAUGGCUGCAGUCAGCGACUAUCGCACCGUCAUCAAGGCGAUGAAAGAGCUGGCAAGGAGGGUCCAAUCCAGCAACAACGCCACCAUGCUCCAUGAGACCCUGACUCCUUUGCUGUAUCGGUGCAGCUCCCUGAUCUUCAACCGCAGCCACAUCCCCGCCAUUAUGAGUCUGUCCCGGUCAGAUGAGAACGGCCUGGCUACCCCGGCCCAUGAGAUGCUGCGUGAGAUCUCGUCUCGUAACCCGGAGGUUCUGGAAGCCCAGGUACAAGAGAUUUGCCGAGAUCUGGAAGCGCAGGCGCCCAAGGCCUCCGCGAUUAGCGCUGCGGGCACCGAAGAGAUCCUCAAGGCCUGCUCCGGCUUUGCCAAGAAACUUCCCUCUAAGUUGCCCAAGGACCGCAAAUUCUUCGAAGCCCUCGUCGACUAUGCCCUCAACAGUCCGGCCCCGCGGGCGGCCAAGCAUGCCGUGUUGAUCCUGAUGGCCGUGGCGGACAAGAAGGAGAUGUACGCUAAGGACCUGGUCCAGAAAUGUGUUUCCAAAUGGACCUACGGUUCCAACCGAUUCCUGACGCAGCUCGCGACGCUGUCGCAGCUUAAUCUCUUGGCCCCCCGCGAAGCCGACGAGGAAAGCGACGCCAUUAUCCAGAUUUCCGUCAAUCAAAUCCUGCUCACCAAUCGAACACCACAGCCGAAUGCCGACUACUCCUGGUCGGAUCACGUGGACGACGAAACCGCAGCGAAAGAAUGGGCUCUGAAGAUCAUUGCCAAUCGCCUUCGUGCUAAAGAUGGCGCGGACAGCGACGAUGACUUUCGGGCGCAUGCGCAACCGGUGUAUGAUACUUUGAAUAAACUCAUCGUCAAUUCCGGCGAGCUCUCGAAAAAAAAGGAUACCCCACCGGCACAGAAAUCGCGGCUGCGACUUCUUGCCGCCCUGUCAUUAUUGAAACUCUGUGCUUCGCACCACUCGCUGUGUGACCAACUCCUGACCCCCAAGGACUUUAACUCGAUCGCCCUGGUGGCCCAAGAUCCAAUUCCUGAGGUCAGAAGUAGAUUUAUCAACCAGCUCAAGAAGAAGCUGGUGCAGAACACGCGUCUGGGCCAUCGCUGGUACACCAUUCCAUUUUUGCUGGCCUUCGAGCCUCAAGUUGGCUUGAAAGAUAGCACUCUCACCUGGCUGCGAUCCCGUGCUGCAUUCUUCUCCCAACAAUCUAGCGGGAAGAAGGGAGAUAAGCAGACCGUCAUGGAGUCUCUCCUCUCGCGUCUGCUCUCCCUGCUCGCCUAUCAUCCUGACUACCCCCCCACCGAUCUCGAUGAAUCGACCCGGGUAGCAGAUCUGACCGAUUUCGCACGAUACAUAGUUUUCUACCUGUCCGCUGUGGGCAACGAGCACAAUCUUUCUCUAAUCUUCCAUAUCGCACAACGGGUCAAGCAGACCCGCGACGGCAUUACCAAAACGGACGAGAUGACCACUCGUCUCCACACACUCUCAGACCUCGCGCAAGCGACCAUCCGUCGCUUCGCCGACGUUUACUCGCAGCAGCGCAGGUUUGGUGGGGGAGCGGGCGGCGUCAAUAUUCUCCAGACAUAUCCUGGUAAGAUGGGUGUGCCGAGCUCCAUUUUUGCCCCAAUGGGCAGCCACCGGGAGGCUCAGGAAGCCGCCGAGAAGAACUUCCUCCCUGAAGAUGCGGAGGAUCUCCUGGAUCGUGUUGUCCGAUCGGCCAUGCGGUCGUCUAAGAGUGGCGGCUCCGCCGCCCAGGGCGCGACGAAGAAGAGGAAACCCGAUACUCACGAGACCAGCCGUGCGGCCAGCGCAACCAAGAAAGCUAGAAAGGAGGAAAACCCCACGAGGCGACGUAAAUCGAGCUCCUCGACUGUAGCUUCGAGAACUCCCAAGCGCCAGACGAAGAAGAAUGAAGACGACUGGCUGUCUGAUGGAGAAGGCACUGCUGGCGUUGACACUUCUGCGCGAAGACGUAGCAGCCGCGGUACUUCGCGACGAGUCAGCUAUGCCGAUCGGGACAGCGACGAAGAUGAUAUGGAAAUGGAUGAGUGGGACCAAGACCAGGGCGAGGGCGAGGGCGACGACCAGGACGACGAAGACCAAAACCAAGAAGAAGACCAAGAUCAAGCGGCUGGUGAAGAAGGUUCUGAUGAGAGCGAACUGAGCGAACCGGAUAGUGAUAUGCUCGAUGAAAACAACGACGACCCUCAAUCCGAUAACGAUAACAACGAAGAGCAAACCGGAGAACCCUCCGACGCAGAGCCUUCACCAUCACCACCAUCACCACCACCGCCGCCGCCGCCGACGAGAGCCAAGGGCAAACGAACCGAAAAGCCAUCAGCAGCAAGUACCACCACCACCACUACUACUCUUCCAACUCGACGAUCCUCCCGACGGGGUUAAUACGACUCGCCUCGUUUACCACCCACUCCCUCCUCUCUCCCUCCUCUCUCCCUCCUCUCUCCCCUUUCUUCCCUAGGCAACUUCCCCUCCCCUCAAAAAGGCCAACCCGCACGUGUGUAUGUUUAUGUAGAUGCAGACGUGGAUGUGUGUGUGGAUAUCAUUGUUGUUGACUGACUGACUGAAUUGAAUUGAAUUGAAAGCCGAUUUAUUCAUAUGUAUCUAUCUACCCUAUCAUAUCCCUGUGGAUUUAAAACGUUAUGUUAUGUUAUGUAUGAGCUUAUUCAGUUUCUUUUCUCCUUGAUGGAAUGAAUGUGUUUUUUUUUCUUCUCUCUAUUCUAUUCUAUCCUAUCCUAUCCUAUACCAUACCAUACUACUAUAUUUAUUAUUCCCUUUGUCUUCUUCUUCUUCUUCUUCUUCUUCUUCUUUCUUUUCCACUAUUCUAUGCU